AUGGAUUUAUUAAGUCGGAUGCCAUUUGAGGCUAAUGCUUCGGUUUGGGGGGCGGUUCUUGGUGCUGCAAGAACUCAUAAAAACGUUGACCUUGGUCAACGGGCUGCCCGAGAGCUUCUUGUUCUUGAACCGGAAAAAUCGGGCACCCAUUCUCUUCUUGCAAAUAUAUACGCAUCGGUUGGUUUAUGGGAAGAGGUUGCGGAUACAAGGAGGUUGAUGAAAGAUAGUAAGGUCAAGAAAGAGCCCGGGAUGAGUUGGAUUGAAGUUAAAGAUAGGGUAUACACAUUCAUAGUAGGAGAUAGAAGCCAUUCUAUGAGUGAAGAAAUAUUUAAAAAACUUGGGGAGUUGAUGGAUUUGAUUCGUGAAGAAGGGUAUGUUCCGGUUUUGGAAAAUGAUCUUCAUAAUGUUACAACAAGUGAAAAGGAGGUGCUUUUGUUGUAUCAUAGUGAGAAACUUGCGGUUGCUUUUGGGCUCAUUGCUACUCCUCCAAGAGCUCCGAUUAGGGUUAAAAAGAAUCUUAGGGUUUGCAUAGAUUGUCAUACUUUUUUGAAAUUUGUUAGUAAAGUUGUCACGAGAGAGAUUAUUGUUAGAGACAUCAACCGAUUUCACCAUUUCCGAGACGGAAAUUGUAGUUGUGGAGAUUAUUGGUGA